AAAAUAGAAAAUUUGUUGUCUGCAGCAAUGACGUUGGAAGGUGUGACACUGUCAAAGAUAACGGAACAGUCCAAAACUAUAUAAUAUGAAGAGACGCAAUACUGAACAUAGCAUUAAUUACAAUUGGCAAGGCCUCUGCCAAGAUCAAGUGCCUAGUUAGUUAGUAUUUUUAUUCAGGCGUUCCGAUUAAUAUUAAAUCUCGUAUUUUGACCUGAGUACUCGGUAACUAACGACAACAGUCGUAAAAAAAAGUUCAUCUGCCAUCUGUUGUACUGUAAUUUGACUGUAAUUAGUUUUAAUUUAAAUCACACGGCUCAUCAGUAAUCUGCACUGGUGCCAGUACUGCAGUACCAUCAUCAUGGGUGGAUUGUUCAGCCGUUCAAAGGAUGUCAGGGUCCUCAUACAAGGUACUCACUAUAAAAGUCAUAUUAUUAAUAAUAAUAAUAUUAAGAAUUCAAUUGGCAUGUUUUUUGUUUUUUUUAAUUCUCAUACUCAUACAUAUGAUUAUCAUGUUUUGAACAAUUAAAUUGUACCAAAAAAAUACAACUCAGUCAACUGAUAACAGAUGACAUCAUUGUCAUUAUGAAUAAAAUUUUAAAAAAUAAUUUACUUAAUCUUCAUUUAUUAAAAAACAAAAAAACAGGCCUAUACUUAUAUACAGUAGGCUAUACAUUACCUAAUACUAAUUUUAAAAUAAAAAUAUUCGUGACCAGUUCAUUUUAUUUAAGAUGACAUAUUAAUAUUAUUAAGAAUUUUGUAUUUACAUUAGUAUUAGAUUAACAUUUUUUUUUACCAGCAUUCAUCUUAAUAAUUGAACAGGUCUGGAUGCUGCUGGCAAGACCAGUUUACUUUACAAGUUAAAAUUGGGAGAAGUAGUUACAACCAUUCCCACUAUAGGUGAGUGUUAGCUCAACUAAGUAUUCUAAGACUUAGUCAGACUUAGAGUAGGGCCUAAUCAAGUUGAUAAAUUAGCUAUUUAAUACCAGGAUAUAUUCUUUUCUUGAUAUUGCUACCAAUGUAAUUACUAUAAGUUGUAACUUACUUUCCAUUGCUUCUACUUCUAGGUUUUAAUGUUGAGUCCAUUGUGUGGAAGGCCAUGUCGAUAACUGCCUGGGAUUUAGGUGGCAGGGAUAAAAUUGUAAGUCAAACAUUUGUAUAGAAAAUAACAAACUCAAAUAGAAUUUUACAUAGAGUUAGAGUAGUCUUCACUUUAUUCAUAUGGUUCGAAGCUAUUGUGCCUAACUUAUGGAACCGUUUACCUCAAUCUUUGAGGGGCAUUGAAAAUGAUAAAAAGUUAUUUAAAAAAACAUUUAGAGACUUUUUUCUUUAAUUAGAUUUUAGGACAUCAGAGCGCUGUGAUCAUGCCAAAAUAGCAUGGACACUGUACAAAAAUAAUGAUCUUUUGUCAGUAUUGUUCAAUUAUUUGUUAUUUGUUAAGGAAAUCCUAAAAAUGAAACAUUUAAUCAUUUUUUUGUUGUAAAAAAGUGAUAUGGUUAUUUAAUGAUAUUUAGAAUAACCAAAUACUGCAGCUGAAAUAUAAAUUAUACAACAGCGAAUUCUUAUAAUAGUUGGUUACAACUAGAAUUUAGAGGAGCUUUUGAUGAUUAACGUUAGUUCAUUCAUAAUGGUUAAAACGUAACACCUACAAUGAAAUGAUGCAAUUUUGUUAUGUUUUUUUCAGCGGCCGUUGUACCGCCAUUAUUACCCCAACACACACGGCUUUAUCUACAUCCUGGAUAGUAAUGAUAGAGAGCGAUUAGGUGAUGCUAUUGAUGAGCUUUUUCAGCAGGUUUUAUGGGUAUGUAGUAUAGCGUGGACACAAGCUCUAUUUGAGUAAUCAAAUUAUGUAAAAAAAAUACAAAGAUUUGAAUGAUAAAAAACGCUUCAUAAAAUAAAAAUUAGCAUAUGUAAAUUUUUAUAACACAGCUUUGAAAAAUAUGAUUGGCUCCAUUUGAUAGUCUCCCUGUUCCAGAACUCACACCAAGCGGGUUUAUUAAAUAUUGACGCACUGAGGGAAAAAAUUGAGCAAAAAUUCCAGACAUGAAGGUUGAACCAGCAACAGAGAGCUAAGAGAAUGCCAAAACUGAAACUAAACACUGACAGACAUUUUUACCUUACGUGAACAAAAUCGGAACAUAUUUAGUUAGCAGAAAUUGUCUAUGGGAAAAAUGUUUUCCCCUUUUCUCAAUUUAUUAAAGAGUAUGUUUUACCAAUUAAUAAGUGUCCCAGAGAGUUUUCCGGCCCUACUUUUAAUAAUUUCUUAACUUAAAUGCAUGGAAAUUCAUAAAUUCUGGGUUUAUAUUUGUAUUAAUUUCUUCACUUGAUUGCAAGGAAAUUCUUAUCAAUGUCGAUGUUUUCAUUUUAAAAAAAAAAAAUUUCUGGUGUUUUUACAUGGUCACAUGCCAUGAAUGAAACAAAUUCAAACCAUUGAACCUACAACCAUUGAACCUACAACCAUUUUAACCUACAACCAUUGAACCUACAACCAUUGAACCUACAACCAUUGAACCUACAACCAUUGAACCUACAACCAAUUAACCUACAACCAUUGAACCUACAACCAUUGAACCUACAACCAUUGAACCUACAACCAUUUUAACCUACAACCAUUGAACCUACAACCAUUGAACCUACAACCAUUGAACCUACAACCAUUGAACCUACAACCAUUGAACCUACAACCAUUGAACCUACAACCAUUGAACCUACAACCAUUUAACCUACAACCAUUUAACCAAAACCAUUUUAACCUACUGUUUUGUUUGUUGCAUCCAGGACGAUGCCUUGAGGGAUACAGUUGUCAUGGUGUUAGCCAACAAACAAGAUUUACCAGGGGCUAUGUCAGUACAGGAAAUAGAAGAAAAAUUGAGGCAGAGAUAUGUCAAAUGUUCUCAGAGUGAGUUUUAUAACAUAUGUGUAUCCUAUGAUAAUCAUUUAAAUAUUUCUUAAAAUCUAAUUAUAAAAAGUAUUUUAUGCUUUGUUUUAUACAAAAUUUCCCAGUUGUAAAUAAUUUGAAAAAAAAAAAAAAUUGUACUAAUGUUCUUAAUAUAUUUUUGUCUGCUAAGGUACCUGAUAUAUUAUAGCCUUAUUAAGUUCCUGAUACUGAUAUAUUAUAGUUUAAUAAAGUGCUUUAUAGCAACAAAUUUUUCGUUUGUUGAAGGGAAGAAUAUAACGAUACUCCACUAGUGACAUAGCUCAUAAUUACAUGUAAUGUAAGAGAAAUCUGUUUCUUUUAUUUCCUACUGUUACCGUUAUUCAUUUAUUAAUGUUUGGCUACUAAAUCCACAGCUUUGUUCCUGAUGCCCUGCUCCGUCCUAACAGGGGAGGGAAUCAUGGAGGCUUUUGAUGCGUUCGUUGACCAGUUAAAGCUGAGACAGUCAGGAGUGGCCAACUCUGGAUUCAUCACCAUUACAGAACAAGCCACGACAACUACGGAGCAGCUGUCAGAGUCUUACAUCCAGCAGUCAAUCAAAUAUUUCUUAAAGAGUCCUUUUUCCUGCAUGAAGUUUUUACUGUCUCAAGAGAAACAGUUGUCUUUGACAGACAGCUCAAAUGCUGACGAAAAGGUCAUAAUUGGACAAACAGAUGACACGCAAGCAAUCAGUAGCCCAGGGAAUGACCAACAAAUUACAGCCUCCUGAUGAAACUAUCGUGUCGGAGAAAUCUGAUGUUUCGUGACCAAAUGACCUGAUUAAACUCGUGCGUUGGUGAAAUCUGAUGUUUUGUAACCAAAUGUCCUGAUGAAACUAUCGUGUCAGAGAAAUCUGAUGUUUUGUGACCAAAUGACCUGAUUAAACUCACGCGUUGGUGAAAUCUGAUGUUUUGUAACCAAAUGUCCUGAUGAAACUUAUCGUGUCAGAGAAAUCUGAUGUUUUGUGACCAAAUGUCCUGAUAAAACUAUCGUGUCAGAGAAAUCUGAUGUUUUGUGACCAAAUGUGAUAUCCUAAGAAAUCUAACUGUGAUAUACUAGUGUUUCAGAAGACAGGAUGACCUCUCAUGAGGCAACUCAAUAAAGACAUUUUUGUGGUGUCCAAAUUUAUUCCCAAAUAUCAUUAAAUUCGCACUUCUAUUUUUUUGCACUGUAUUUUAUGGUGGGAUUAUGAACUCUGAACUUUUGGAUAGCCAAGAAAUAAAAAAUUUAACUUAAUUUUUUUCAAACAUAAUUCAAUAUCUUUCAAAGUUAAAUGUCUUAUUACCUGUAGUUAUAUAAAUAUGUUAAUCUAAAUGUUCAAAUAUUUACACCCCUGUCCCUUGAAUUGUUUAAGAAAAAUUGUUGUAACAAUUAUAUAUGUCCACUCCGCAUGUAUUAAUGACUACGAGAUAUCCCACCACAGAAAGAUGACAAAUUCAUCAAGCUUUACUGUUAACUGAAUGGGUUGUCUUCACUGAACAUUGUUUAAUAUUGUAAAAUAUUGUAGAUAACUCUUGUGUAAAUUACUUGUAAAUAAAGCACAUAAUUUUUUAUGCUCAGAAUUGCCUUUCUUGUAUGCACCUUUUAAACAAGUGAGUUAAAAGUUUGACCACUGCUAUCAAGUUACCAAAGUCAGGG